AUGAGAGCGAUGCCAUCCGCCUCUAGUAGAAUGGAGCGCGGGCUCUACGCGAUACCCGAACAGCCCAGUCUUAUGCGGACCUCACCGAAUAUUGCCACGAUCGAGACUCGACAACGCAUGUGGGACAUGGUCUUCCCUGGCGAACCAUGCCCCGAGGGAAGGCCCUUUGAACUCGGUAUGCCCAGAAGCCUCGACUUUGAAAAUCACGUAUGCGCAGACCUUGUCAAUGUGAAGAGGCGGCUUCCGGGCUUCCUACGUGUCGAAACCGUCCACCGCGAGUGCCUAGAGGGCAGCACGAUCAAUGCGAUUGGCUUUGGUCCGAAGAACAAUGGUACAAUCAACGUAUGGAGCGGUCUUUUGUUAGGCGUGGUGUACAGAACUGCCGCCAACUGGGCUCGCGAGGUGUUUAUGACUUGCAAGAGCACACCUUUGAGCGACGCCAUCGCCAAGAUCGAUGUCUCUUCGUUCUUGAAGAAUACCACGGGUUCCAUAAGCGGGAAUCUAGAAGAAAAGACACACCGGCUGAGUCCUGACAAGUCUCUGGUCGCCGAGUACGAUCUCCAGUUGGCCUCGGCACCCUGCAAGAGCGAUAUCGAGUAUGCAGAAAUGCACAUCGCUGUGUGGCUUGAGACUGAGAAGAGCUUUCCUGGCGAGAAGCGGUACGGGACACUGCUGGACUGGUGCGACAAACCCCACGUCGACUGUCUCUAA